GUGAGAGGGGAGAGAGAGCGUAUUUCUUCUUCCUCCUCCCCCCUCGAGGAGAGAGAGAAAGAGAGAGAGAGAGAGAGAGGGCAGCUCCGGAGUCUCAGGGGCUCGAGCGAGGCAGGCAGGCAGGCGGGCGGUGGCUCCUCCUCCACCUCCUUUCGAUAUCAGCUCGUCAAUUCGUCCUAUCACCCUGCUACCAUCAUCCCCACACCACUCCUCUUUUCUCUCUCCUAUGCUUCUCCUCUAAUUCAUCUAGGAAAAAGAACAAAAAAAAAAGGAUCUUGGUGUAUCGGUUUCUGGUGUCUGCUGUUGCUGGGGGAUUCUUGGCUUGUUCUUGAUUCACGCCGAGACAGAUUUGGUGUCCAUUCGGGGUUCCCCCGAGCAGUGCUGAAUCCUCCUGGUGUUCCCUGAGGGUUGGAUCGGGGGUAGGAGAUGGAAGUGGAGAAGAAGAAGAAUUCGCAGAAGAUUGGAUCCAAGGGCAAGGAGGUUCAGAGCAAGAAUCCGAGGAGGGAAGAGCAAGAACCCGGGGUUCAGAGCAAGAAUCCGAGGCGGGAGGAGCCGCUGGCAUCGUCAGAGGUGGUCGUGGAUGAGCCAGCCGUUGCUGAGGGCGGCGACACGGUUGAUGAUGCCAAUAAUGGCAGCUCCAAGGAGAGCCCCUUGCCACCCAAGGAUUCCAAGAACUCCAAGGGUUGUGUGGGCAAGAAGUCCAGAUCGGUGAGCUCCGACUUUGGGGAGGAGAUGGACCUGGAGCUUGGGAAUGGGGACAAAGAGAAUGGGAGGCAGCAGGAGAGGAAGCUCUCGAGGCAAGAUCGGGUUGAGCUUUGCCGGUUGUUCCAGCACGCGGUGAGCUCGCAUGACUGGGAGAGUGCUGAGGGGCUGGUAGGGAAGGCUGACGCGCAGGGGCUCAACGAUGUGCUUUGCGUGACAGUGGAUGCGAUUUGGUUCUUGAGUGACAGGGAUGAGCUGCAUGCUGUUGUGGGGUUGAUCAGGAGGAUUGUGUCCGAGGGCGCGAAGGAUUUCACACGUGCUGCGCUACGGACAUCAUUCCUCGCGUCAUGUGUAUCAGCAUGCAGGGGACGGUCGACUAGCCUUGCUGAUGCUGUUAGCUUCAUGGGGCAAAAAUUGCAUGAACGACUUCAAGAAUCCCAAGGCGAUGAGGUAUUGAAGGCAGAAGCAAGUGCAAAGGUGCACAAGUUUACAGAAUGGGCUCUAAAGUGCAUUGGGCUACAUUCACGUGUGCGAGAGAAUAAGGGCAAAGGAAACCAUGACACUGUCAUCGAGGUUCAACUUCAGUUGUCUGCUUUCAAGACAUUUCUGGAUCUUGCUGAUAAUGAACUUACUGGGAAGGAUUUCACAGAGGCAUUUGAUGCUGCAUGCUUCCCUCUUACACUCUUCUCAACCACCUUUGACCAAGGAUGGGCAUCAGGAAUAUCGGCAGCUGCAAUACAAGGGCUUUUAGAGUUGUUGGUAGAGGGUGGUGCAGACAAUGUGAACCAAUGCUUUCUUGAAGCUGCACGCUAUGGAAGCACUGAACUUGUGCGGAUCUUACUUCAGAUUGCUCAAAGGAACAGCUUGGACAUUGAUGUGGAUCUAGCCCUUGGCUUUGCCGCGCACUAUGGGAAGAUUGAAACCAUGGGAUGCUUGGUUGAAGAAGGUAAUGCUGUUGGCUUUCUUGGCCCUUUAAUGCGGGCUGCUGAACGUGGAUGCCUCCAAGUUGUGGAAUGGUUUGUCAACCACGGUUGUCGAGAAAUGGAGCUUUGCUUAGCCCUCACUGCUGCCACCUCCAGUAGCCAGAUUGCAGUGGCUGCUUAUCUUCUGCCUCUCGUUCCACAACAUGUUCUUGCCCCCCUCAGCAUUGAAAUCAUCAAGGCUGCUGGUGAGAGGACCACAGGUUCCCUGCAUGGUGUGGAUUUUCUUCUCCGCUCGGACUUCCUCAAUGACCCAGCUGCCACAUAUGCUGUAGCAGACAGUAUCGCAAAAUCUGCUGAUGAGGCUGUGGAUGCAAAGCUUAGGUCUUUCAUGAACGAGCACUGGAGCGAGGCAGCUUUUUCUGCAGGAUUUGAAUCCGCGCAACAGCAAUUUGUUAACUUCAUGAGGAUAAUGGAAAGGGGUGAAUCACCAAUCUGCCUAAGAGACCUCCCGAUUGAGCUGGUGAUUGCCAUGGCCUACCUGCCACUCUAUAAGGAAUGCAUCAAUUCCAGUGGGCGACUUCUGCCGCAAAGGCUUAGAGGUCAGCUUGUGGAGGCUGCAAGCAGGCUCGAGGGCCGGCAAAUGGAUAGUGGUAGCCAAAGCAGAGAGCUCUUGGCCAUCUUGGAGCAUCACAUCCCACAAUUCAUGACUCAAACUUGAAGGCAGGCAGGCUUCCUUUCGAACCUCAUCUGUUGAUGCCAACAAAAAGCAAGUAACAAGGUCAGUGCACCGUCUCAAGUGCCGUCACCGUGUUUCUGCUUGGGGACAUCUGAAAACGAUAGCACCCUGAGAGAUCAUCUUGAGUUGGCUCUCCUGGAGGCGCUCUUUCGGAGAGUAUAUAAUUUUGGGAAAUGGUGUGUGCGCUUUCUUGUCGAAGCAUGUUUCGAGUGUUUUACUGGGAUUAUAAUCUUCGAUGAAAAAUGAUAUAAGCCCUGGGCAAGUAAUCCUGAGUUUUCGAUGUUGUACACCGCUAGUCUUAUGGCGCCAUGCUGCUAGUUUUGACUAACGACUCGUUUAUAAUGGACUGGCCAUCUGUCCUGGCUUCAUAAACAUAAACGAAGAGAUAGUAAGUAUAUUUCUUGUGUGUGCCUUGAUCGCUCGAUGUGAAACAUGGUUCUGAAGGACCA